UUCCUCUAUCUGAAUGACUCCCUUUGAAGCUCUUUAUGGGAUCAAGCCUCCUCAGCUCUCAUUAGAUCUUUACCAGCAGUCCAAUGUGGCUGCAGUCGAAGAAUUACUACAGCAUAGGUACCAACUAAAUCAACAGCUGAAAGAAAACUUAGCACAAGCAGGAGCAAAGAUGAAACUAUAUGCUGACACGAAGCGUUCUGAGAGGUCUUUUAAUGAAGGAGAGUGGGUCUUUGGACCAUAUCAGAUUACCAAGAAGAUAGGCACAGUGGCAUACAAAUUGGCACUUCCUGCCAGCUCCAGAAUUCAUCCAGUCUUUCAUGUUUCAUUGUUCAAGAAGAAGUUAGGUGACAGGGCAAUGCCAGUACUUCAAUUGCCUGAUGAGAAUCGGUCUAAACUACCAACAUAUCAUCCAUUAUCCAUCUUACAGUCCAGGACCAUUACUCGUAAAAAAAUAACACCACCAUCCAGUGGCUUAUUCAUUGGUCAAAUUCUACUCUAGAUUGUGAAACCUGGGAAGACA